CUUCCUCCUUUCGUGUCGCAUAAGGUUGAAGUUCAUAGGUUAAAGGCUGUGCAUGCAGCUCCACACAUGUUAUUGUUUUGUUAAGAUACUUUGUCGUUUAUUGAAAUAGACCACAGUGACAUGGGGAAGAAUAACAAGAGCAAAAGAAACGAGUCGGGAAAACAGGCGAACAAGGCCGGAAAACAUCCAAGUGAUAAGAAGCUCAAACGAGAUGGUAAACUCAAGAAAGCCAAGCCAGCCCAUCUCCAAGACAUCCCCUAUAGGCUCCGAGAGAUAAUGAAGAGCAAGGAGCGCAUGAAAACGGGACCCGUUAAGGCCAAAAAGCUAAAAGAGACCAUCUCCCCGGAGGACUGUGGAGACAUACCGGCUCUUCAUUUCAGGAGGGGAAAGAGGGAGAGUGAGAAGGCGUACCUGCGGCGCAUGGACAGCGAGACAAAACACAUCCUUUUCCUCAGCAAGAACCAAGUAGACAGAAAGCCUGAGCUGGAUGCAGACAAACAAGAGAGGCCCGCAGACAAGGGCAAAUCCGAGAAAAAGAAGGAGUAUGAUAAAGUGAGAUUACAGAGGCUUCAGCAGAAAAAACUGGACAGACAGGAGGCCUGCAUGGAAAAAGAGAUGUUUGUAGAUCAUGUUCCUUUUGGUGAAGUUGUAGUGGCCCCGCCAUCUUUGAGCAAACCCAAGAAAGCUCAGGUCAAAUCUCAGACACCCAGGAAGCUGCUCCUCAACUCUCUCCUCGGUCACACUGUGACUUCCACCAACAAGCCCUCCAUGGCCCGACAGAGAAUCAUGGAAGAGGAGAGGGAGCGGGCAGUGCAGGCCUACCGCCAUCUCAAGCAACAGAAACAACAGCAGCAGGAGGCCAGGACUGCGAGUCUGGAAAAACUCAAGAACCUCCAGUGAUGUUUCUUGUCGAGGUAUUAUAAAUCCCCCGGCCUUACUCGGCUUUGAAGUUGAGAAACUGACACAGAAUGGAAGAUAUCCAUCAACAGACAGUAUGUGUUAUGUAACUCUGGGACUGGUAUGCCAGCAGGGAUCUUGGCAAACAUUUGGAUCCACAGUAUGAAGUAAGUUGUUAUCAAUGGGCACCUGCCACUUUCGGUAUCACAUGCUGAACUCAACAGAGAGCAGGAAGUUCAAAUUGUUAGUGCCUGUUUAAAUGCCUUCUAAAUCAGCCUUGGCUGAGGUGACUUAUGUUGAUUUCUCACCCUUGUAACUGUGUUGGAUGUUCCCUUGUACAUUCUCUGUUUUUCGCAGUUGUGUCUUCAGCUGAUACUUGAUAGUUGCCAUACUUGAUAUGAUAGACAAUAAAAUUCAUAAGAUUGUAUCUCAAGGAAACAA